AUGUCCAACUGCCCUGCAGCCUCGUCCAAAAUGCACCCGGUGGAGGUGGCUUCGUUCGAACAGGCGGCGGCCUUGUGCAACAUCAUCCAGCAGUUGAAGCGUGCCAACAAAGAGGAGUCCGUUGCAGAGCAGGCUGCCGUGUUGCUGGACCUCCCGAAGGCCUUGGACGCUUUGGCAGGGGAAGAGGUGCCGAAGGACUUGCGCCUGUACAUCUCCUGCACCCUGACCGCCUUUUCUAUGUCAAGGGGGGCCAGCCGUGGUUGGAGGCUCAAGUUGGAGGCUGUCCCGUUCGGCUGCCUCUGCCACCAGUGGCGAGUGAAGCAGUUCCAGUUGUUGCGCGACGGACAAGUAGUCUUCCCACGUGCUCGCCUGACCGCAAUGGUCCCUGACCAGGGCAAGGCGCUGGAGUUGCAGGUGCUCGUUGGCAAGGAGGCGCCUCCCAGCAUCAGAGUCGUCGUCGGCAAAGCGCCGCCGAGGCUCGAAGACUUCAGCUUGCGCGCGGCCACAUCUCCGUUGUACGAGAUGUGCGAGCUGCAGACCCCUUUGCUCGGGGACACCAACCGUCUCAUCUUGCGAGACGUGCUUCUGCGGAAGCCGCAAGGGGCCAUCGCACCCAGGCUCUUGGACCGUUUUCGUCACAUGGUACAAACGGUUCCCAAAUUGGGAAAAAGAUACCUGAACAAGUUCAAACAGAACCUGGAGGCGACGGACCACAUCUUACACAUUCUGGUCAUUCUGGUCUCUUCAGACGGCCAGAGUUUAGCCCUGAGGGCCAAGCUCGCCUAUGACCCAGCCUACAUCAUCGUGCCCCUGCUGGAAGGCGAGGCGAAGCCUCCGUGGAACAAGAAGCAGUUCGCGGACGUCUGCGCUGCCAUCCACAAUAGUGCGGCUGUGGCUGAGCUGCACGACCUCGCAGUGCUGGAGCGCACGCAAGUGGAUGGGCGAGUGGCAGUGCGCACAGUGACUCUGCAUGCAGUGCUGCGGCGGGCCGCCCGCCCGGCAAGAGUCGCAGUCGGAUUACAAGGCACCGCGCGGCUCCGGGCAAUGCUCAGACCCUGGCCUGAGACGGUCAUCUUCCGGGAGCUAUCCGGAGGCUACUCUUUGGGCAGACGGCUCUUGGCCCAGCGCAUGGCCGUGCUGCAGCUGUCGGUGCCCUUGCCUACUGUUGUGAUCCUGGGGGCGCUGGCGGGCGAGUUCACCCGAGACGCUGUCCUCGCGACCUUGCGGCGGGAUCGCAACAACGUCCAAGUUCUUCUUCCGGGGUUGCGAGCAUGGGCCGCCGUGGGGGCGCUACUGUUACUGUCGGAGAUGCCACCAGCUCUGCAGGAAGACCCUGCCGUCGUGAGGAAGGCAAUCAAGCACGGCGGCCUCGACGUGGGCGCGCUACAAGCUGCGCGCGAGCCAUCUGCCUCCUGA